AAUCUGCAGAUGAAUUGUGGAAAGGUGUGACGAGUGUCAGUAAUGCGGGAAGACGUAGAGGUAGAGCAAAAGGCUUGGCGAGAAAAAGAGAUUUAAAUAAGGGUCAAAUAAUAGGUGUAGGAAAAAUUCCGAUACAAUUUCCUGGUCUCAAUACUCCUGUAUUUAGAGGAAGGGAACUUAUGCAACAGCAAAAGCUGCCCCUGGAUCCCGAAAGGGAGGAAAAGCUCGCCAAGUUACGGCAGAACUACCAGACUGGACCAAAGCGGACUAAAUUAUCGCCGUUGGAACGUGGUUGGACUAGCGUCCAAAUGGGUGGCAGAAAGAUUGGACCACCCGAUCCUAUUGGAGAAGGUUAUUAUUUUGCACUGUCAUUCGUCAU